AUGUCUUACCUCUCUGAUUCCUCAUCCGACCUCAGCUCUCCGCCCGCAUCUCCAAGUCCCCCGCCGGACUUUUACCCAUCUCCUCCCUCGUCUCAAACUCUCCAGGGCACCUCUCCCGCAAUAUCCGAAACAUACUCAGCAGAAAGGAAUGAAACGGAAAAGCGAGCGCCGCAACCGAAGCCUCGAAUCUCCAGACAUGUCAACUUGGGCAUGUCACCCGGUCGAGAUCAAUCAAAUGAUCUAAAUAUGCUUAUUUCAGCCAUCCAGAACAAACGCAAGAUCGUAGUAGUGGCUGGAGCUGGCAUUUCGGUUUCUGCCGGUAUUCUAAAACGCGUCGAAGACACUGACACGGUGUUUCCAGUUCCUGACUUUAGGUCUUCACACGGAUUAUUCAAAACGUUACGAAAAGGCCAUAAGUUAAAGGCAUCCGGAAAAGAACUCUUCGACGCAUCUGUCUAUUUAGAUAGCACAAUGACUUCUUCAUUUCACGAAAUGGUUCGCUCAUUGUCCGGUAUGGCGGCGGCCGCGCAGCCCUCGGCUUUUCACCACUUGCUUGCUCGACUUGCAAAAGAACGCCGCUUGAUGCGGCUAUAUACACAAAAUAUUGACGGCAUCGACGCGUCUUUACCACCAUUGACUACUGAAGUGCCUUUGGACUUCGAAGCAGAGCUAUUCCAGGGACCAGAUCCGCCUCUUUGCCCAAAGUGCUGUCAAGAAGAUUCUCACCGCAUAAGCGCAGGACAGCGGAGCCGCGGCAUCGGAAAAUUAAGACCUAGGAUUGUGCUUUACAAUGAACAUAAUCCUGACGAGGAAGCCAUUGGUUCCGUUGUCAGGAGAGACUUACGAGCUAGACCCGAUGCUUUGGUGGUGGUGGGAACUAGUUUGAAAAUACCUGGUGUCCGUCGUAUUGUUAAAGAGAUGUGCCGUGUGGUUCAGGGUAGGAAGGACGGCAUUGUCAUAUGGAUAAAUCAUGAUGCAGCGCCUGUUGGCAGGGACUUUGAGCAAUGCUGGGAUCUUGUGGUUAAGGGCGAUUGUGACGAAGUUGCUGGACUUGUGGGCUUGAAACAGUGGGAUGAUAGCGGUGAUGACGCUCCCAUCAAAUGCCCAGCGCCCGAUACCGAAAGCCUUAGGAAAAAGUAUGGAAGCAAUAUAGCCGUGGUUGUCCCGGCCUCCACAGCUACAAACCAAGGGGAAAUGAUACACUCCGCCCCGAUUGCAAAGCUGACGAAUUCUGGAAACAAACGCUCUUCGCUCAAUGAGAUACCUGAUCGUAAGAAAAAAGGACCAUCCAAGCCAAGAAGGACCUCACAAAAUAAGAAAGCGCCGCGACAGAAUCAGAUCGGAUCAAAUUUCCGUGUGAGCAAACCUAGCAAGCAAGGAGCCCCAAAAGGUGUUAAACCUCUUCCUUGCGAUGGAUCAAUUUCAAUGGCCAUGUGUCCGCUAUCCCCAGGAGAAGUGCGCAAUAACGGCCCUUUGUCUCCCGGCUUGGUGGUGCCAUCUACGUCCUGCUCACCAUCGUGGAAAGAUGCUGAAAUCAUUGCCACUCCAAGUUAG